CAUGUCUGGUCGAGGGAAAGGAGGCAAAGGAUUAGGCAAAGGCGGAGCAAAGCGGCACCGCAAAGUGCUUCGCGAUAACAUCCAGGGCAUCACCAAGCCAGCUAUCCGCCGCUUGGCUCGGCGUGGUGGGGUCAAGCGGAUCUCGGGUUUGAUCUACGAGGAGACCCGCGGGGUGUUGAAGGUUUUCCUGGAGAAUGUGAGCAGGGACGCGGUCACCUACACCGAGCACGCCAAGCGCAAGACGGUCACUGCCAUGGAUGUGGUGUACGCUCUGAAACGACAGGGCCGCACUCUCUACGGGUUCGGCGGCGUUUGCCGAGCUUCCCCCACCCCACCCGGCCGGCCGGCCUCAGACCUUCUGAAACAGCCGCCUGGUGUUGACAAACCUGCAGCCACUCGCAGGGAUGGGACAUCGAGAAUGGCCCGGACCAAGCAGACAGCGCGUAAAUCGACCGGAGGGAAAGCUCCUCGCAAACAGCUGGCGACCAAAGCGGCGCGGAAGAGCGCUCCAGCCACGGGCGGAGUGAAGAAGCCUCAUCGCUACAGGCCCGGCACCGUGGCUCUGAGGGAGAUCCGGCGCUACCAGAAAUCCACCGAGUUGCUCAUCCGCAAACUGCCCUUCCAGCGCCUGGUGCGGGAGAUCGCUCAGGACUUCAAGACAGACCUGCGCUUCCAGAGCUCGGCCGUCAUGGCGCUGCAGGAGGCCAGCGAGGCUUACCUGGUGGGGCUCUUUGAGGACACCAACCUGUGCGCAAUCCACGCCAAGCGAGUCACCAUCAUGCCCAAAGACAUCCAGCUGGCCCGCCGUAUCCGCGGGGAGCGCGCCUAAACUCCACCUCUCCACCAACAACAAACGGCUCUUUUAAGAGCCACU